AUGCCAAAGGGAUCCUUUGUCUAUGGCGAUGAGAAGUCCUUGACACUGAUCACAGCACUGAAAAAGUUCUCACUUCACGAAUGUCCUGCCACGGGAACAGACCAAACUUGUUCUUGGGGUACCAAAUUCCGGUUUAAUGUAAGGUCACUCGACGUUUGCCGGAUGAAAAACAGACAGUUCCAGUCCAACAGUAUUCGCGUUGAAAGGAAAGUCAAGAAAGUUUCGUGUGUUAACUUUUUUCGCGAUCGGAAGAUCGGCGUCGCGGCGCCGGGCGAUACGUACUACACAAACGGCGGCACAAUGCAGACUGCCGCGAGAUGCUAG